GCUUCCAUUUUUUAAACACAGUUGACAAAGGAUUCUACAGUUUUUAUAACAUUCAAAGCUAACAUACAAAAUACCCAAAACUUCAUCUGAAAAUGGAAAACGAGAGAAGAAGUUCACAUUCGCUGGGGGCGGAAUGCAAUACGUUUCUAACGGACUCCAUGUUCACCAACAAAACCGCAGGUUCCGAGAACCUUUCCAAAUUCACACUGGCCAACAUGGUGACACUACCGUCAUCCUUGUCGCAGCCCACAACUCGGUCGAUUGCGCAGUCGCAGCUGAACGCCACCUCGCCCAUGGGCAAGUACACGGAGCGCAUGGUGGAGGAGAUCCUGAACGAGAUCUUCCAGGAGCGACGCGGCGAGUUCCCGGAGACCUCCUCCUCCUGCCACAUGGCCGAGAAGCCGUGGCCGAGCGAGGAGCACGAGCCACACGUGGACAAACGCCUCCGCUACUGGAAGGACGUGCUGCAGCAGCGCAGGAAGAUGCAGCAGCGCGUGCAGCGGGAGACGGGAAAGCUGGCCAGCGAGGUGCUCUUCAACCGCCGCUCCACGCUGGACAACCGCGAUGGGGAGACGGUGAAGCGGCUCCUGGACUAUGCAGAUCGCAUGGAGUGCGAACGCCUGAUGGGUGCUCCAGUGGCCAAACUGGGCGACCGCCAGGAUCCGUGCACCUGCCAGGUGAUUCCCGGACUGGAGGCCACGCCACCACAGGCAGAAAAGCGCGGCUACAAGGAUGUCGAGAUCAUUGGUCUGCCCGAAGUUAGCAAGCGCGAGCUGCUGGGCAGGGAUGCCUUGGAGCAAAAGCCUCCAACCGGCUGGCUGCAAUCGGAGUUCUUAGACGAACGGCUGGAGCAGAAGUUUCCGGCCAUCCAAAAUGUGGUCGAGUACUUUCCCGACGUGAAUGCCCUGCAGAUUAAGGGCAAGGCUAUCAGGAAGCUCAAAAAGUCCCCAGAUACAGUCCUUAUGGAGGUGGAAUCUCUUCACACGGUGACCAACAGCGACAGCCCGCUAAUUUGCUCCGAGGAGUGCAUCUGCGAGUCCUGUGGCGCCACGGAGGAGGAAUCCACGGAGGCUCAGGCUCCGCCUGUCGUACCUGAAGUGGGACUACGGGUCAACGGGGUGGACUACGUACCAGGUGAGGGAACCAGUGACGGAAUCAAAGCUUGCUACGAGGUCCACAGCCGGUUUACGUGUGAUCCAUUCCGGCGAAGACUUAAGCAAGUCCUGAAGCUCACUAACAUUGGCCAGCAGACGAUCUCCUUCACCUGGAAACAGAGCACUUACUACUACAACAGAGGAUCACUUCUCCUUGCCAGGGACAACGAGUUCCACUUCGACCUGGAUGGCUUCCGGCUGGCGCACGGCGAGAGUCGGGACGUGGCCGUGCUGUAUCAGCCACGCAAGGUGGCCAUGACCAUGGAGCUGUGGUUGCUCCAGGUGGAACCGCGUAUCUUCUGCGGCCGCCAGGAAUCGCUGCUGCUACGCCUGCAUGGACGCUGCUCCCCGCCGGCGGACUACAUGGCCAAGCUACUGGAGUGCCAGUGCGCCUGCAUCUGCAAGUCGGAUGCGGUGGCCAUAGGCAAGCUGACCACACAUCUGGGUGCAUUAGCUCCCUUGGUAGUGCCUCCUCCGGCUUGCUGUCCCUACGACCGGCCGCUGGACGAUCGAGAGGCGUUUAAUGCCCUCAAUACGGGAUACAAUUGCGUCCGCUUCGAUGACCUGGAGGUGCUACGUGCCUUCCAUCAUCGUUUGAAAAAGCCAAGGGAGCCACUGUGGGACCUUCGCAUUUCCACGAUCAAGGACUACAUUUUGCGGGUGGAGAGUGUGUUGGAGCGGGAGCAAAUCUUCGCCGAAUUUACCGAUCUCCUCUCGCCUCUGCUGGGAGGGGCAUCCUCUUCGAUCACCGCCUCCUCCCAGCGGGAUGAUCAGAAGCAACGUUCUCGGCUCAUCUAUGUGCGUGGUGUGAUCUGCAACGGAAUCGCCGAGUGGGAGGAUCUCAUGUACAAUGUGCAGGAUUCCUUUUUCAAGCCGGAGUUGCAGCGUUACUACCACAGUUUGCUCGGCGAAUCGGAAGAGGGCGACCAAGAAUCAGAUGAAGAGGAGCCCCACCAGCCAAAGCCCAUGACGCCCAUCGACAAGGAGAAGCUCAUGGAAAUUAUCGGGGAAACGGAGUUGGACGAGGAAAAGAUCCGGGUGGCAGUGAUGCGAAGCUUAUACAAGUCGAAGUACUUCCGGGAUUCUCUCUAUAUCCAAACUUACUCUCAUCUGUGCAAUAUGGCCGAGGACAUUGUGUCCGUCAUCGAGAGCACAGAAGUAGUGCCAUAGUUUGGUGGUUUCGGGAAGAACUAGAAGUCUAACCGUGUUUUGAGAUGAGCAUGCACAAAUCAAUUGUUUUCGUAUUACAUCAAGUUUCCUUUCUAAACAGUAAAAUCCGCCUUUUGAUUAGAC